AUGUCAUUAUUGAACCGCACAUUGACACAAUUUAGUGCAACAACCAUCAGAACAAACGCAUGGUCAACUACAACUCGACCCAUGCUGACACCUCUUUUACAAAAUACAACAACAGAAUCCGUCCAAGUGCGUUGGGCUACAAAGAAAUCAGGUGGUUCCUCGCGUAAUGGCAGAGAUUCUGCUGGUAGAAGAUUAGGUGUCAAGAAAUUUGGUGGACAAGAAGUGAUUCCCGGUAACAUUAUUGUGCGUCAAAGAGGCACCAAAUUCCAUGCUGGAGACAAUGUUGGCAUGGGUAAAGAUCAUACACUUUAUGCACUUGAACCUGGAUACGUUCGUUUCUACAAAGAUGCUCAACACCCCAAGCGCAGAUUAGUCGGCAUUGUUCAUGAUCGUGAAGCAACACUUCCUAUUCCCAUGGAUCAACCCAAGCCAAGAAGAUUUGAUUUGGUCGAUUUAACUACCUUGUAA